AUGGAUAUUACUAAAGAGUUCCACAAAGUGGCAUUUGAUUGUUUUAAAGAAGGACAUAAAGAAAGUAAUGAAAAUGAAUUAAAAGUUAUAUUUGAAAAAGAGUGUAUUUACAAACAAGAAACAAAGGAUAGUUUCAAUGAAAUUAUCAAAAAUAUUGAAAUGGAAAUUGACAAGAAAAUAGAAAUGGAAAACCAAAUAAUUCUUGACAUGGUAACAGGGUCGGUUGAUAUCAACACAUUCUCAGAACAACAAUCACUUGGAGAACAACUUACACAAUGGUCUAAGCAAAUGAAUGAAAAAAUUAUUUCUUCUUUUGAAACUUACAAAAAUAAUAACAAAAAUAAAGUCUUCAAUAUCAAACAUUACACUAUUGUUAUAGACCAACUCAAAGACAAAAUUCAGAAACUUCAAAAGAAAAAUAACAACCAAAUGAAAGUGAUUUGGAACAUUCUUAAUAUGAACAGUGAAUUACUCUUCCAGUUACAUCCAGAGUUAUUGAAUAAUGAAAAGACACAUGUUGAAGAUAAUAAAAAAGACAAACAAGAAGAGAGCAUAAAUGAACCAGAAAUUAUAGAAGAACAAAAAAGAAAUAAUAAAUCAGUUACACAUGAGCAGACAGUUGAAGACACACCAGUCAAGCUGAACGAAUCAAUUUUUGAUGAUUUUGAUAGUGAUGAAGAUCAAACACCUUCAAAAGAAGAACAACCAGAGUUAAUAAUAACAGAAAAAAAACAAAUACCUCAAAAACAAAAAACAGAACAUAGUCUAAACAAAAUUGUUCCAGUUCAAGGCGAGAAAAUAACAGAUGUUGAUUUUGAUAAUGCAUGGGAAAACAAUGAAGAGGAAAAAGAAGAAAUUGAUGAAGAAGAAGAACGAUUAUUAAAACAAACGGAAAAUCGAAUGGAUGAUGUAUAUAAAGUGAUUAUUGAAAAAAUUGAAAAUAUCAAUGAUUUAAAUACAAAGAUUGGAGAAAUGGCAAUUAUUCAGCUAGAAAGUACUCAACACAUUGUUGAUGCUGUAGAAGAAGCACAAGUUUGUUUAGUUGCAGGAAAUAAAGCGUUAGAAGAAGCACAUCAGUCUAUGAAAAGUUGGUGGACACCAAAGAAAAUUGCAGGAAUGAUGUUUUAUAUUGCAGGUCUAAUGUUAUUAAUAAGUCAUUUAACAAGUAAAUGA